GAUGCUUUCCUUAUUAUUGGGUGUUGUUUCUGUUCAUUUUAGGAUUAGAAUUUUCUUGGGUAAAGAAUUGAGAAUUUAGAUCAUCUGUUUCCUUUUUUGAUUCUUGGUGAUUUUCUUGGUAUCUUUUGUUUAAUCAAAGGGGAUCUUAGUAGCUCAGUUGGUUGGCUAACUGAAUUUUCACGUUGUUGGGAGAUCAAAGGUGGAACAAUUUGAAGAAAGGGUGGAAAGUAGAAAAGAUGGCUAACAAUGCGGCGGCUGUUGCAGAAAGGGCAACUAGUGAUAUGUUGAUUGGUCCAGACUGGGCUAUAAACAUUGAGCUUUGUGAUAUUAUCAACAUGAAUCCUGGACAAGCAAAGGAUGCUCUUAAGAUUAUCAAGAAACGCUUAGGGAGUAAGAAUCCAAAAAUACAGCUCCUUACACUAUUCGUUCUUGAGACCCUGAGCAAAAAUUGUGGAGAAAAUGUGUUUCAGCAAAUUGUGGAGCGUGACAUUUUAAAAGACAUGGUCAAAAUUGUGAAGAAGAAGCCUGAUUUAAAUGUGAGGGAGAAGAUUUUGAUUUUGAUAGAUUCAUGGCAAGAAGCUUUGGGAGGGCCGGGUGGAAGAUUUCCCCAGUAUUAUGCUGCAUAUAAUGAGCUGAAGGCCGCGGGUGUUGAGUUUCCACCUCGAGAGGAAAAUAGUGUACCUUUAUUUACACCACCACAAACCCAUCCAAUAGUCCACACGCCUUCAGCUUAUGAGGAAGCUGCAGUUGAGGCCUCUCUUGAAUCCGAUCCUUCUGGACUCAGUGUUGCGGAGAUUCAAAGUGCUGACGGGCUAGCAGAUGUUCUAACGGAGAUGCUUGGUGCCUUGGAUCCAAAGAAUCCUCAGUCCGUGAAGGAUGAGGUGAUAGUCGAUCUUGUUGAGCAGUGCCGUUCUUACCAAAAGCGUGUGAUGAUUCUUGUGAACAACACUGUAGACGAGGAUCUGCUGUGUAAAGGAUUGGCACUCAAUGACAAUCUGCAGCGAGUUCUUCGUAAACAUGAUGAUAUUGCCAAUGGAACUUCAACCAUUACUGCACCGCCGAGAGAAACUCCUGUUGCACCCCUUAUGAAUGUGAAUCAUGAGGAUGAUGAGUCAGAAGAUGAUUUCUCUGGCUUAGCACGGAGAUCUUCAAGAGAUCCAUCACAAGGACAGGGGCGGAAGACUAUCGAUGUGAAGAGUGAACCUACACGAAUUACUCCAUUUCUUCCUCCCCCGCCUUCAUCAAAGAGAUCAGUUUUUACAGAUGGGAAAAUGGUUGAUUAUCUCAGUGGUGACAGAUUUGAAUCUGAAAGAUCUUUCGGAACAGAAGGAUCCUCACCUAUUGCUGCUUCAACUAAUUCAAACAAUGCAAGCCCCAUCCCACGGUCAAGUCCCAAGCCAUCUUCAUCUGCACCCCCUCCGGAUGAUUUGCUAAACCCAACUGCUGAUGAUGACUUCCUGAACCCCACUGCAUCUUUGUUUGCUAGAAAAAACCACCACAACGAAUCCGAUACAAAGGCCAAAUCUGCUGAUAACUUGCCUCCAGCACCUUGGGAUGCUCCUAUUACUACCCCACUCCCUCCACCACCUGCCAGAUAUGAUCAGAGACAGCAAUACUUUGAGAAACAUGUUUCUGGUGGUUCCCCUCCCUCAAGAACUGGAUCGACGAGCUCUUAUGACAGCUUAGUUGGACAAACAAAGAAUCUCUCGAUUAAUUCUACUUCUUCCCCAUCCAAACCAGAUAAACCUGAGGACGCACUUUUCAAAGAUCUUGUGGAUUUUGCAAAAGCCAAGUCUUCUUCAUCUUCAAACCCAACCAAUAGAUCAUUUUAAGUGACUUAAUAAAUAUGAAUAAUUUGUGGUGGUGUAUAUCAACUUUUACAUCUUGUAGCAAUAAAUAUUAGUAAAGAGGACUGAAGUUUAUGGAUUACUUGAGCUGCUCUCUCUGGUCUAUUUCCAGCUGGGUUUUCAGCCCUUAGGUGAGUGAUAGUGUAGUUGACAUGACAUUUAUAUCUUGAAUCAUAUGAGGUGGUUGACAUUUUUGUUCC